AUGAUAACAUUGACAGGAUUUACAUAUGGAUUUUUCAUUGGAUUUUUAAUAUCAUAUUUGGCGGCAUUAUUUGGAGCUGUAACAGUGUUUUGGCUCAGUAGAAGAUGGUUUGGAAAAUCUGUCAGAAGAUUAUUAAAGAAAUAUAAAUCAAUGGGAGCUGUUGUUAAAGCUGUUGAGAAAAAAGGAUUUAAGUAG